UGCACACGUCGAUCGAUAUAAUAAUCAGCGAUAGCUAGCUAGCAUCAUGUCCAGGGAUCCGCUUGUGGUGGGAAGCAUCGUGGGCGACGUCGUGGACUACUUCUCGGCGUCGGCGCUGCUCCGAGUGAUGUACGGCGGGCGCGAGAUGACCUGCGGGUCGGAGCUCAGGCCGUCGCAGGUGGCGAGCGAGCCGACGGUGCACAUCACGGGGGGCCGCGACGGGAGGCCGGUGCUCUACACACUGGUGAUGCUGGACCCCGAUGCGCCCAGCCCAAGCAACCCCUCCAAGCGGGAGUAUCUCCAUUGGUUGGUGACUGACAUACCAGAAGGAGCUGGUGCCAAUCAUGGGAACGAGGUGGUGGCGUACGAGAGCCCCCGGCCAUCGGCGGGGAUCCACCGAUUCGUGUUCAUCGUGUUCCGGCAGGCGGUCCGGCAGGCGAUCUACGCGCCUGGGUGGCGCGCCAACUUCAACACCAGGGACUUCGCCGCCUGCUACAGCCUCGGACCGCCUGUCGCCGCCACCUACUUCAACUGCCAGAGGGAGGGCGGCUGCGGUGGUCGGAGGUACAGGUGAUGAAUCGAGAGAGAGCAUGCAUCCCAACAAGGCGGUGAUGACACGUGACCCAUCCUAUGACAAGUUAUAUAUAUUAGCACAUACCACAAAAAUAAACAAUACAUAUAUAUAUGUCUCCAUCUCUAUCUGCAAUAUAUAUAUGCUUCAUCGAAUGAAGCUAACAUUUGUCUGUUAUUUCAAUUAAACGACGUCGUAUCAAAAUGUAUGUCUGUGCUUCGAUGAAACAAAGAAUAUUGUGCA